AUGGUAUUCAUUUCACUUGAAGAAUCAGCUAGUGUUGACAAUGAUGAUACAAGUUUUCCUUCGUCUUUGAUUUUUAAAUCAUCUGAAAAUGAACCUGGUGUCAAUUUAUUUAAAAUUUUUGGGACACAAGAUAAAGCAAAUCUUUAUGUAACAAUGUUAAUCCAAUUGAUAUACACUAUGGAAGAGCUGGUUGUAUUACAACCAGCUGAUACUUAUAAUGAUAAUUGA